AUGAUGAAGUCUUCGGUAGUGAUCUGCGCCCUGUUGGGUGCUGUUUUGGCAUCCUUCGCACCCAACGGUUUCAUCAGUGAGGUCGCACAUGUCCCAUACAAGUGGUACGGUGGCAUCGGCGCUGCUGGUUAUGGCCCUGCUGCUGGUUUGGUUAGAGGAAUUGGCCCCGUUUACGGUGGUCCCGCUUACGAUCGGUGGAUCGGAAGCGGAAUCGGUGGCAGAAUCGUUGGCGGAUACGGCCCGGAUUACUACUCGUACCCGAAGUACAAUUUCGAAUAUGGAGUAAAAGAUCAUCUCACCGGGGACAAUAAAGGUCAAUGGGAGGUACGCGAUGGAGAUGUCGUAAAGGGAGAAUACGCUCUCGAUGAAGCCGAUGGAACCAGGCGCAUAGUUCAAUAUUACGCUGAUGAUAGAAACGGUUUUAUGGCUAACGUGAAAAAUAUGGGACCCGUAGGAAAACUAGGCGUUCUUGGCGGUGGUGUUUUGGGCGGACUUGGAGUUGUUCAUUGA